CCUGAAUCCAACACCCAACUUGAGCUCACGCGACGUGAACACCCGGCCAACCGUAACCACCGAGACAGCAGCCAUGGAUCCAGCCAAGUUUGUCGGUCUCAAGCUCCUCCUGACCCUCAAGACUGGCGUCAAAGCACAGGGACAGGUCGAGUCAAUUGACCCGGCCACAUCAAAGCUCAAGCUCACAAAUGUUUACUUCCCAUUGACGAAGCUAUCUGUGGAUGAAUUUGAACUGGACGGCAAAAGCGUAGUGGAUCUGGAUAUACUGCCGAAGGAUGAGCCUGCAGGCACACGGACGGCUCCUCAGCAAUCAACGGUCGACUUUGUGGAUCCAGCCAUCAUCUCUGCCAACAAGGCGCCAACAGCUAGACCUGCCCCAGUCAGCAAACCACCGACUGCGCCUGUUCGAGCACUUGAGAAUUUGAGCAUCAAACCCGCACCAAGUGCAGACUUUGAUUCCUCGGCAGUUGAGACGGAUGAUCAAGGCACACAAAAGCGAAAGAAGCAACCACGCAGACUGGCGCGCAAAUCAAGACACCCUUCCGACUGGGAAGAUGCAGACAUGUCUGCGUAUCACGAGGAAGAAUUUGAUUUCCAGAAGAACCUCGAAGCAUUCAACAAGAAGAAGGUAUUCGAGGAGAUUCGCCAGAACGAUGCGACGGAUGCAGCAUCGUUGCUGGUGAGCUCAAACAGACUACCCAAGGACAAGUCGAGCUACGCAUUCAACGAGAUGGUGACAGAUGCAAAGUACGCAAGGGCAUCGCCUAGACCCUCAGAACCUACCAGCGAGACUGAACGACCUGCUUCGCGAGUCAAGAGACCAAGUUUCCCAAAUACCCGUUCAAAGCAAUCUCGGAAGAGCAGUGUAGCCUCUCCCAUGGUAUCUGACGCGCAGCUUCGUCUCGUCUCUGACAAGUCGCCCGUUUCUACCAUCACUGCACAACAGUACACGAUGGCCGAACACCUUGCUGCUAGCAAAUACGGUCCAUCUCUCGAUGCAUUGGCAGAGAAUGGUGCACGCGGCAUCGCAGACAUCACCACGGGUAUUUUAGAACAGACGGCAAGUGACUCACCACCAGUCGUUGUAAUCAUGGCCGGUGACACGCGUCGUGGUGAGAUGGCUUUGUCUGCUGGACGACUGCUCUCCAUCUUAGGUGUCCGUUGCAUGGCACUCGUACCGGCUGCUAAUCCAAUCAAUGCUGUUGCAGCGCAGUUGCGUAACUUUGCCAAUGCGGGAGGCCGGGUGGUUCAGCCUACUGACUUGCAAUCCGCUGUUGUUUCACUGCAUAGUCCGCCACAGCUCAUCAUCGAUGCUCUCCACAACGAAGAGUAUAUUUGGGAGGAGGAAGAUCGCGAGGCUGCGACAUUGCUUGGCAUCUGGGCAGAAAAACAAAAGGCAACCUUGCUGAGUAUUGAUCGACCUUUUGAUCAUCUCCAACCACAGCAUCUUGCCGCACUUGGUCUGCCUCGACAAGAAACGGUCGAUCUUAUCAAGGAAGGUAGAUUGGCCUUUGCGGCAGGAACCAUUCACUUGGUAGAAACGGGUAUCUGUCGUAAAAUCUGGCGAGAGCUAGGUAAGACGAUUGUGGCUCGUCCUGACUUUUGCAGUGUCCUGGAGAUGUCGUAGUAUAUAGCAUUAUAGAGAAAACAUACAAGAUACAAUGACUAGAAUGAACGG